AUGUGGAUAUUUUCUUCGCUUUGUGCUGUUUUAAUUAUUUUGGCUAUGGGUGAUGUGGACACAGAAGCAAAGACUACACCAUACACAAAAUUUACGAAGAAAUCUGAAGGAAAAGAGAUGCUGAAGGGCUUAAAGCCAUCCAGUGGCUUCUCUCUGGAUGAAGAAGAAACCCUACAUACAGAAAUGGCCGCCAUGGCAGAGCCCACAACUGGCGCACCCGCCUCGGCAAUGGCAGACCCCACCACUGACCCCUCUACCUCGGCCACAACCCGUCUCUUUCCCUUUGAGAGCUUCUCUCUGGACACAGCUGAUUUCGUUUUGAAUUGCUGCCAUUGUUGUCCAUUUAUCACUGGGCAGAAAGGAGAACCUGGAAUGACUGGAAAACAAGGUCAUAAAGGAGAGACUGGUGACAUUGGAAGCCCAGGACCCCCAGGAACCAGUGGACCCCAAGGGCCCAAAGGCCAGAAAGGAGAGAAAGGACUAAAGGGAGACCGUGGGGACCAAGGGGCAGGUGGUGUUCCAGGAUACCCAGGAAAGCCAGGAGAACAAGGUGCACUUGGUCCUAAGGGAGAUAAAGGAAACAUCGGCCCGGCAGGAACAAAAGGACAAAAAGGCUCCAAGGGGGACCUGUGUGGGAAUGGCACCAAAGGAGAGAAGGGGGACCCUGGGGCCUCUGGGGCCAAUGGCUUCAUUGGAGAGCCUGGGGCCAAGGGCGAGAAGGGUGGUGUUGGGGAGAAAGGCUACCGUGGAGAUUUGGGAGAGAGGGGGGAAAAGGGGCAGAAAGGUGACAAAGGGAUGGAGGGAGAGAAAGGCAGCAGAGGUGAUGUUGGGGCAGAGGGAAAAAGGGGUUCAGAUGGUCUACCAGGGCUCAGAGGCGAUCCUGGCCCUAAAGGAGAAAAAGGAGAGAUAGGUUCUCCUGGUUUCACCGGACCUGCAGGGCCAAAGGGUGAGCUUGGGAGCAAAGGUGUUCGAGGGCCAACUGGGAAGAAGGGCUCCCGGGGUGUCAAGGGUUCUAAAGGUGAGACCAUUCACGUCCCACAGUCGGCUUUCAGUGCCCUUUUAUCCAAGCCUUUCCCUCCCCCUAACAUCCCCAUAAAGUUUGACAAGAUUCUCUCCAAUGACCAAGGGGAUUAUAGCCCUGUCACUGGAAAAUUUAACUGUAGUGUUCCUGGGACAUAUAUCUUUUCCUAUCAUGUCACUGUCAGGGGUCGACCUGCUCGAAUCAGCCUGGUAGCCCGCAACAGGAAACAGUUCAAGUCCAGAGAGACGCUCUAUGGUCAGCAAGUAGAUCAGGCCUCCCUCCUCCUCAUUCUGAAACUGAGUGCAGGAGAUCAAGUGUGGCUGGAAGUGUCAAAGGACUGGAACGGGCUGUACGUUGGCCCUGAGGAUGACAGCAUCUUUAGUGGGUUCCUUCUGUACCCAGAGGAAACUCUUAGAAAGUCACCAUAA